GUGAUACGAAGAAGUAGCGAUGAGGAGAAGUUGCUGUGCUUGGUACGUCAGCGUGCGGGACACCACUGUCAAACUGCUGUCAUAGUGAUUCUCAUACUGGCCUGGGAAGGGAUCCCUCAUCUCCUGGCUGAUACGCUGUACAAGGAGCUGACGCAGAGCCUCAGAAAAUACGGCUGUCCCACCAGCCGUAGGUGUGCGUUAAAUGAAGAUCGUACUUGUGCGUGUCAAGGACUUGAUCCAGAAACUUGUGGAGCGUCAUUCUCAUUUGGCUGUUCGUGGAGUAUGUAUUUCAAUGGCUGUAAGUUUGCCAGAAGCAAAAACCCCAGGAAAUUCAGGCUUCUCACCGACGACCCGAAACAAGAGGAACUUCUUGAAAAUAAUUUGCAAACUUUAGCUACUGAUGUGGCUCCAGUUUAUAAGAAGCUUGCUCCUGAAGCUUUCCAGAACCAGGUGGAAAAUGAGCACAUGGGCCCAGACUGUCGGCUGGGAUCCAAGGAUGGGAGGCCUUUCUCUGGUGUGACAGCCUGCAUCGAUUUCUGUGCCCACGCCCACAAGGACACACACAACAUGCACAAUGGAAGCACUGUGGUCUGCACGUUAACGAAGGAAGACAACCGGAGAGUGGGGGUGAUUCCAAGCGAUGAACAGCUCCAUGUGUUGCCUCUUUACAAAAUUUCACAAACAGAUGAAUUCGGCACAGAGGAGGGACUAGAAGCUAAGAUAAAAGCCGGAGCCAUACAGGUGCUCACAGCUUUUCCCAGAGAAGUACGAAUGUUAGCGGAGCCUCUCAGAGCUACAAAGAAAAAGAAACCAGACACAAGGAGAACCACGACUGACAAGCAGCCAUUAAUAGAUAAAAAAUACUCGGUGCCAGUAAAGGUGAAGACUGAAGCCCCAGAAAAUCUUGGCAACACUUUGCAUUGUUUAGGGAACAAAACAGAUGCUUUAAAACCUGGAAUAAAAACGGAGCCUUCUGAUCACCUCUAUGCCAUGAAACAUACUUCAAACACUACUAAAAAUUGCUCUUUAUUAAAACAAUACACGGCUUCCUCUCCUUUCAAGGUGGAUGGUUUACAACCUUAUUCAUCUUUAGCACAUAAGCCUGGCAUAACAGCAGUGACUAAUAUUCAACAAGAUUUUUCAGUUCCCUACGGGUAUUUUGAAUGCAGUAGUAAGCAACCUCACAUGACACCUUACGUUAAUUGUAAGAACUUUGACGUGUCAGUCAAAGAUUAUACUGGAAUUUUGCUGAAUGAGAAGAUGAAUGGUGUGCCACCGAUUCUUCCAGAGGUCACUGCUCCAGGCCCCCCAGCCCAUAAAGACCCCCUGCCCACGAUACUUGAACAUCAGCCAGACAAGCCGAAUUGUCAGCUUCAGUCAGACAGUUCUUCUCCACAGAUGAUCAGCGCUUGUGAUUUGUCAGCACCGCUGAGCUCUCCAGCAAAGGAUGCAGUCGGAAACGAAGCCGACUGUUCCCAUGGAUGCCCGGCAGAAAGGGGCAGCUCCCAUCAAGAACAGAUGUGUGAUUUUGACUGUGCUGACGAAAAGCCAAACAGUGCACUGGGACAACCGACUGAUUCUGAAGAAAAAGCUGAGGAAAUGUGGUCAGACAGCGAGCACAAUUUUUUGGAUGAUGACAUUGGCGGGGUUGCCGUGGCACCUUCUCAUGGUUCUAUCUUAAUUGAAUGUGCAAGACGUGAGCUCCACGCUACCACGCCUAUUAAAAAACCCAACCGCAAUCAUCCCACAAGGAUUUCUUUAGUUUUCUACCAACACAAAAAUUUAAAUGAGCCAAAACAUGGUUUAGCCAUGUGGGAAGCAAAGAUGGCCGAGAGGGCAAAAGAAAAAGAAAAAGAAGCAGAAAGAAUAGGAACAGAGAACACCGAACUGAACUCUAACAGCAGGAAAACAAAGCAAGCAAGUGACAACAGAGAUAUUUUUUACGAAGACAAUGAGUUCAACCAAAUUCCAUCACGCAGAGCAUUAACAGUAACUAAGGACAACGUAAUCACAGUAUCUUCGUAUGCCCUUACACGAGUUGCAGGGCCUUACAACCAUUGGGCAUAG